GCAAGAAAAUCCUAACCUCUCUUUUAUUCUUGCGAAAUUUAAAAUAAAAUCGAUAAAAGCUUAGUUUAAAAGUGAAAUAAGUAAAAAAUAUAGAUAUAUUAUCAUUAUUCAUUAAUAAAAUGCUCAAAAUCAUUUUAGUUGAUUAGCGUAGUAAUUCUUUCAAUCAGACUUCCGGUUUCCUGCUUCCAUGGCCUCCAAUUCCAUGGAAUCCGGCAUUAUCACGGCAUUAUCCAGCUACCAUCAAUCUUUUCUGUCUUUCAUUACUCUUCAGUUCAGAGUUUGUGGAUGGAAAAAAAUUGGUGAUCAAAGUGUUAAUAAAAAUAUUUAUAUAUAAAGUCCAAUAAAGGGUUUACAAAGGGUGUGAAAACAUAAAAUAAUCAUGGGUGACAUAAAAUCUUUUCUUCAUCAGUGGUGUGUCAAAAAUAGCAAAGAACCACAAUUUGAUGUUCGACCUACGGGUCCGAAACAUCGUCAGAGAUUCCUCUGCGAAUUGCGGGUUACUGGAUUUGAUUAUGUGGGUGCUGGGAAUUCAACUAACAAAAAAGAUGCACAGGGAAAUGCAUCUCGAGAUUUUAUCAGUUAUCUUGUGCGAAAUGGACAUGUCAAUCGAAACGAUGUUCCUGGCGAUCUGGGACCAGCGGCUGAAGUUCCGGGAGCGUUAAACGAGGCCAAUGUCGGACCUAAGGGUCCUGUGAAAUCUGUUUUUAGUGAUGGAAUGGGCCCGAAUGAUAUUGGACAAGCUUAUAGGCCUUACAACGAGGCAGGGCAAAGCAAUUAUACUUAUCUAGAUAGAAUUGCGGAUCAAAAAAGGGUUGAGGAAGCAGAGGACGUGGACGUUAAUUCUGGAAUUCACGGGAAUUGGACUAUGGAAAACGCAAAGUCAAAACUGCAUCAGUUCAUGCAGACCAACAAAAUUAGUGCUGAUUACAAAUAUACUCCAGUUGGUCCUGACCAUACAAGGAGCUUCUUGGCUGAGAUGAAAUUCUACGUGAACCAGCUUAGAAGAACAAUCGUUGGACGAGAGACGGCAUCGAACAAGCAAACAGCUUCCAAAAGCUGUGCAUUGUCGAUCAUUCGACAAUUGUAUCAUCUUGGAGUCAUUGAGGCAUUUUCUGGAACUUUGAAGAAAAUCAAAGAAUCUGAUCAAAUGAAACCCUACCCUGUGAAAAUUAAUCCAGAACUUGAACAGGAAAUUUUCAGCGUUUUGGAAGGGUUGCAGAUUAAUCCAAUUGACGUCAAUUUCAUGCCUAAAUUUUCAAUCAAAAAAGAAGAAGGUGGACAGAAAGCAUCAGCACCUGGAAUAUCUUUAGUAACGGAUCACGUUUUGGAUGAUUUUAUAUCGAGUGUUCCACAACCUGCGGGUGUCGUCAGUUGGUCACCUCCGCAACAAAAUUGGAAUCCUUGGACUGGUUGCAAUAUUGACGAAGGACCUUUGGCGACGAUGUCGUUGGAUAAAUUAUCAGAUGAUAUAAUGAGUGAGGAAAGGGAAAGAUUGCAGCAAGAUAACACAUUGCAAAAGAGCAUCAAGGAAAGGUCUUCACUUCCUGUUUUUGCAAAGAAGAGCGAAAUUAUGGCUGCAAUUAAUGAUAAUCCUGUUAUCAUCAUCAGGGGAAAUACUGGUUGCGGUAAAACGACUCAAGUCUGUCAGUUUAUUCUUGAUGAUUAUAUCCUUUCGGGCCAAGGUGCUUAUUGUUCAAUUGCUAUUACGCAACCUAGAAGAAUUUCAGCAGUAUCGGUUGCUGAUCGUGUAUCGUCUGAGAGAUGCGAGAGUUUAGGGCAGUCUGUUGGCUAUUCUGUCAGAUUUGAGUCUUGUUUACCGAGACCGUAUGGUAGCAUAAUGUUCUGUACGGUUGGAGUUCUCCUACGAAAACUGGAAGGUGGAUUGCGAGGAGUUUCUCACGUGAUCGUUGACGAAAUUUAUCCUCCACGGUUUCCUCUUCCUCCCCAAUUCCCUCCUCUACCGCCUCUGUUGAAACCUCUAUUACCGAAACCUCCACCAUUGCCUCUAAAUCCACCGUUGCCUCUAAAGCUUCCAUUUCCCCUGAAGCCACCAUUACCCCUAAAUCCACCAGGAGCAGGUCCACCGAAUCCACCACCCCUACCAUGGAAUCCACCACCGCUACCUCCGAAUCCACCGCCACCACCUCCGAACCCACCGCCACCACCUCCAAAACCACCACCUCCUCUCAUCAAUUUAGGUGGUGGCCCAGCGUCACCUGCGAAACCAAUUACAAUGAGCGAUACUAAAUCAUUUUUCCACCAGUGGUGCACGAAAAACUCGAAGGAGCCUCAAUACGAUGUUCGUCCGACAGGACCGAAACACCGUCAACGAUUCUUGUGCGAAUUGAGAGUACCUGGAUUCGAUUACGUCGGGGCUGGUAAUUCGACAAAUAAGAAGGAUGCCCAAGGAAAUUCGUGUAAGGAUUUCAUAAAUUACCUUGUGAGAACUGGCCAUAUAAAUGCAGCUGAUGUACCCGCGGAUGCUGGAGUUUCGGCAGCAGCCGCAGCUCCGUCCGAAUCGAAUUUUGGUUCUGCAGCUCCGUCUCGCCCUGUUUUUCAAGAUGGUAUGGGUCCCAAUGAUAUUGGACAAGCCUACAGACCUUACAACGAAAGGGGUCAGGGAAAUUACACCUACAUGGACAGAAUUGCGGAACAAAAAAGGGUCGAGGAAGCUGAGGACGUCGACGUUAAUUCUGGAAUCCACGGAAAUUGGACAAUUGAAAAUGCCAAGUCUAAACUUCAUCAAUUCAUGCAGUGUAACAAAAUUAGCGCCGACUACAAAUACACACCGGUCGGACCUGACCACACGAGGAGCUUCAAAGCUGAGAUGAGUUUCUACGUAAAACAACUUGGAAGAAAUGUCGUUGGACGCGAGACUGCGUCGAAUAAGCAAACAGCUUCCAAAAGUUGUGCUUUGUCGCUUGUACGACAAUUGUACCAUCUUGGAGUAAUCGAGGCUUUUUCGGGAACCUUGAAGAAGAACAAAGAAGCGGAUCAAAUGAAAUCCUACCCGGUGAAAAUAAAUCCUGACCUCGAGAAAGAAGUUUUUGAUGUUUUAGAAGGUCUCCAGAUUAAACCAAUUGACGUCAAUCGUCCACCUCUAGCGGCUACGCAACCCACAGAGGAUGGGGAAAAAUCAUCAGUGCCUGGUAUAUCGCUGGUGACUGAUCACGUUUUGGACGAUUUUAUAUCGAGUAUUCCACAACCUGCCGGCGUUGUGAGUUGGUCUCCUCCUCAGCAAAACUGGAAUCCUUGGACUGGAUGUAACAUAGAUGAAGGACCUCUUGCUGCAAUGCCGUUGGAUAAAUUAUCGGAAGAUAUUAUGCAGGACGAGAAGGAAAGACUGCAACAAGACAAUAACUUGCAACAGAGCAUUAAAGAUAGAUCGACCCUUCCCGUUUUUGCAAAGAAGAGCGAAAUUAUGGCUGCGAUUAAUGAUAAUCCUGUGGUUAUCAUCAGGGGAAACACUGGUUGUGGUAAAACGACCCAAGUUUGCCAGUUUAUCCUUGAUGAUUACAUCCUGUCGGGCCAGGGUGCUUAUUGUUCGAUUGCCGUUACGCAGCCGAGAAGAAUUUCAGCAGUAUCGGUUGCAGAUCGAGUAGCAGUUGAGAGAUGCGAGGGUUUGGGGCAAUCUGUUGGCUACUCUGUGAGAUUUGAGUCUUGUUUACCGCGACCGUAUGGUAGCAUAAUGUUCUGUACGGUUGGAGUUCUCCUACGAAAACUGGAAGGUGGAUUGCGAGGAGUUUCUCACGUGAUCGUUGACGAAAUUCACGAACGCGAUGUUAAUUCUGAUUUCAUCAUGGUUGUCCUGCGAGACAUGGUUCACAUGUACCCAGAUCUGAGAAUUAUUCUCAUGUCGGCUACGAUAGACACUACCUUGUUCAGCAAGUACUUUAACGACUGUCCGGUUAUUGAAAUUCCAGGAAGGGCUUAUCCAGUACAGCAAUACUUUUUAGAAGACUGUGUCCAUUUAACAAAAUUCGUACCUCCUAUGGAUACCCGAAAACGCAAAAGCCGCGAUGCAGACGACGCAGCUUCAACGGACGAACCAGAGGAAAAUCUUAACAAGGUUGUCAGUAAUGACUAUAGCCCACAUACGAAAAACGCUAUGGCUCAGCUUACGGAGAAAGAAAUUAGCUUUGAGCUGAUAGAGGCUCUCUUGAAAUAUAUCAAAGAUCAAAAUGUACCCGGUGCUGUGCUGAUCUUUUUGCCUGGAUGGAAUCUUAUCUUCGCUCUGCUGAAGCAUUUGCAGCAACAUCCUCUUUUUGGAGGAUCAGGAUACUGCCUCAUCCCACUGCACUCUCAGCUGCCCAGAGAAGAUCAGCGCAAGGUUUUCGAUCCAGUGCCUCCGAGUGUGACAAAGAUCAUCCUCUCCACCAACAUAGCGGAAACUUCAAUCACAAUUAACGAUGUUGUCUACGUGAUCGACUCAUGCAAGGCCAAAAUGAAGCUCUUCACCUCGCACAACAACAUGACGAACUAUGCGACUGUCUGGGCAAGCAGAACGAAUCUUGAACAACGCAAGGGUCGUGCUGGUCGUGUUAGGCCCGGAUUUUGCUUCCACCUUUGCUCCAAAGCCCGGUUCGACAGAUUGGACGAGCACAUGACUCCAGAGAUGUUUAGAACUCCCUUGCAUGAGCUGGCCUUGAGUAUCAAGUUGCUCAGGUUGGGAAGCAUUGGUCAGUUCCUUUCGAAGGCCAUCGAACCGCCUCCUAUUGACGCUGUCAUUGAAGCUGAAGUCAUGCUUAGAGCGAAGGCUGCCUUGAUUCACAAAACAUCUGUAAACUGCAGCAAUUUCGAACAAAACUUUCCUUUCCCCUUCUUUGUCUUUGGCGAAAAGAUUCGGACCAGGGCUGUGUCCUGUAAACAAAUGACGAUGGUUUCUCCAAUUCAUUUGUUGCUCUUCGGCUCGCGAAAGGUUGAAUACGUUGAUGGAGUCGUGAGAUUGGACAACUGGGUUAAUUUGGAUAUGAACGCAGAAACUGCAGCAGCGAUUAUAGCUCUAAGGCCAGCUUUGGAGAGUCUGGUUGUCAGAGCUGCAAAGGAUCCGGAAACGAUUUUGGAGCUCAGUCCUCUGGAAGAAAAAGUACUCGCGGUCAUAAAAUCCCUUUGCGGAAUGAAUGCGUGUCGUCACGAAAUGGAGCCAAUAACUGGCGGAGGAUUCCAGUCUCGUAGACCACCAAGGGGACAUACCACUGGUUUCGCUUCAUCAGCUGAUGGUGCUGGCCCACCACCAAAGAUGAUGAGAGGAGGUGGUGGAUUCGGAGGUGGUGGUUUUGGAGGUGGUGGCGGUGGUUAUAGAGGAAACAGUGGAGGUUUCGGAAAUAGUGGAGGUUUCGGAAACCGAGGUUUCAACAGAGGGGGCGGUGGAGGUUUUAAUAGAGGUGGAGGUGGUGGCAACUGGAAUGCAAGAGGAUUCGGCGGAGGAUACUAAGUCUUUUAUUAGUAAUAUUUUAGUUUCGUGAUUUUUCAACAGAUUAUGAAAUUUGCAUUCGUCCACGCUCCGAGUACUCUAAUGCAUUAUAGUGAAUGAAGAUAUUUAUUAUGUCUUGGCUGAAAAGCAGAUAAUUUUUUUACGGAUGUAAUAUUUUAUGUGUUAUAUACUUUGCGUAAACCUAAAGUAUUAAAGCACCAAAGUGUUAAAUAACACUUUCUUUAUGAUCAGCAUUUAACAAGUAACGAAUAUGUUGUAAGAUUUUUAGCUGCGUUUGAUAAAAGUGUUAAUUUCUGAAUGAAAAUAUCUAAAUAAAAUGCGUCAUGGAUUUAGCUUUUUUUAUUGUGUUUAAUUUUGUACUGUUAGUUACAUUGAAUGGGUUGUAUGUAUGCUAAUAAGCUAAGGUUGUCACAACACUUUGUAUCGCCAAAUGAAUGUUUCCUGAAGAAAUAAUAAAGGUAAUUUAGUAUAUAUUGUAAA